UUGGCCAAUGCAUCACUUUUCUUUUCCUUAUUAUUUUUUUUUUUACAACUUCCUUUGCCUGUGCCUUUGCCUUCUUCCAAACUCUCUCUAUUUCAUAUUCUUCCAUUUAUUAUUGCAUGCUUUGAAAUCAAUACCAGAAGAAACAACAUAUACCCAUCAAUACCAAACAUAUCUUUUUAACCCAAAUAACCUGAAACACCCCAUUACUACUGCAUCUUCCCCUUCCCUUUUGGUUUUUCCAAAAUGCUUCUCUACUUCUUUUGCUACCCUUUUGUGUCAUUGCUUCAUAAACUUCGAAUCUGAGAGCUUUCUUCAUGUGAAUUCUAUUGUACUCUUCGAUUCUCUUGGUGGGUUCUUGUGGGUGUUUCAUAUUUUCGCUUAUUUUUGCUUCUUUUUCGACUUUCGAAUGGGACCCAUUAGAGGGUUCAAGAGAAAGAAGAAGGUAGAGAAAAAGGUUGACCAAAAUGUCUUCGCUGCUGCUUCACUAUCGUCUCAGCUCCAGCCCUUGGAUUGGUGGGAUGAGUUCUCCCAGAGGAUUACUGGGCCAUUAUCUCAGUCAAAGAAUACAAAAUUUGAAUCGGUUUUCAAAAUUUCAAGAAAGACAUUCAGCUAUAUCUGUUCUCUUGUUAAGGAAGUUAUGAUGGCUAAAACUUCAAAUUUUACAGACUUAAAUGGCAAGCCUUUGUCUCUAAAUGAUCAAGUCGCUGUUGCUCUUAGGCGACUUUGCUCUGGUGAAUCGUUAUCUAAUAUUGGUGAGUCGUUUGGAAUGAAUCAAUCAUCAGUUUCUCAAAUAACUUGGCGUUUCGUGGAGGCAAUGGAAGAGAAAGGCCUCCACCAUCUCUCGUGGCCUUCAACAGAAGAAGAUAUGGAUCAGAUAAAGUCCAAGUUUAAGAAAAUCAGAGGUCUUCCUAAUUGUUGCGGUGUAAUCGAAACGACGCACAUUAUGAUGACUUUGCCAACGACAGAAUCUGCAAAUGGCAUCUGGCUUGACCGUGAGAAAAACUGCAGCAUGAUCUUGCAAGUGAUUGUAGACCCAGAAAUGAGAUUCUGUGACAUCAUCACAGGUUGGCCAGGAAGUUUGAGCGACGCUCUUGUGCUCCAAAGCUCGGGAUUUUUUAAACUUUCACAAGACAGCGAGCGGUUGAAUGGCAAGAAGAUGAAGCUCUCGGAGAGUUCAGAACUAGGAGAGUAUAUAAUAGGAGACUCUGGUUUUCCCCUCUUGCCAUGGCUACUAACUCCUUAUCAAGGGAAAGGCCUUUCGGAUUAUCAGACCGAGUUCAAUAAGCGGCAUUUCGCCACCAGGUUGGUGGCUCAAAGGGCAUUGACAAGGUUGAAAGAGAUGUGGAAGAUCAUUAAAGGGGUAAUGUGGAAGCCUGACAAACAUAGACUACCAAGGAUCAUUCUUGUUUGCUGCUUGCUUCACAAUAUAGUGAUCGAUAUGGAGGACGAGGUGCAAGACGAAAUGCCCUUGUCUCAUCAUCACGAUCCAAGUUACCGACAACAAAGUUGUGAAUUCGUCGACAAUACUGCUUCCAUCGCAAGGGAGAAGCUUUCGAUGUACUUAUCUGGAAAGUUACCACCCUAAGGGAAUCUCGUCCCGCGUGAGAACAUUCUUUUUCCUCUCUUUGCUUCCUUUUGAUAGAUUGAUCUGUGUUGUUGUGUAUUCAAAUUCUGAUGCUCUACAUGUCCGAAUUGUUAUUCACUAAUUUAAGUGUUAUGGUUGACAUAAAUAUAAUUCAUAGUUCAAUGUCUA